AUGGCCUGGACUGUGUGCAAUACGACCGAGGAGCAUCAGAAGAUCGUGGAGGAAGAUCUUUGGGAUGGCGGUAUUACAUUUCACGAACUGAGCCUGAUCGUGGGCGGCAUCUGCGCCGUACUAGCUUGCGCCGUUUCCGCUUUCUUGAUUAUGAGCCAUGCCACACACUACAGUAAACCGAUCGAGCAACGACACAUUAUUCGCAUCCUAUUCAUGGUCCCCGUAUACUCCAUCGUUGCCUGGCUCAGCAUUCUCUUCUACAAUGAUUCCGUAUACUUCGAGGUCAUCGGUAACUGCUACGAAGCCUUCUGUAUCGCGGCUUUCUUCUCCCUGAUGUGCCACUACAUUGCGCCCGACCUACACAGCCAGAAGGAUUAUUUCCGUGGAAUUCAGCCCAAGGGCUGGCUCUGGCCGCUGAGCUGGUUUCAAAAGUGGAAGUGCUGCUUUGGACAUCGCGGGGCGUGGCGCAACCCGCGCAGCGGUCUGACUUGGUUCAAUGUGGUCUGGGCGGGUGUCUUCCAAUACUGCGUGAUUCGAGUGUUGAUGACUAUCGUUGCGGUCGCCACUCAAGCAGCUGGUAGAUAUUGCGAAGAGUCGAUGAGCCCGGCUUUUGCGCACGUCUGGAUAAUCAUCAUCGAGUCAAUCAGCGUCUCAAUAGCCAUGUACUGUUUGAUCCAGUUUUACUACCAGAUCCGCAAAGACAUUGAAGAACACCAACCUUUCUUGAAGAUUCUGUCUAUCAAGUUGGUUAUUUUCCUUUCAUUCUGGCAAUCGACCUUUAUCAGUCUGCUGGUCUCCCUAGGCGCUGUCAAAGAGACAAAGAAGAUGGCCAUGGCAGACCUAAAGUACGGUCUCCCGGAGCUACUGAUCAAUAUCGAAAUGUCCAUUUUCGCCGUUCUGCACCUAUGGGCCUUCUCCUGGAAACACUACGCCCUCAAAAACGAGGGUGCUGAAGUGACCGACUUUUACGGUAACGGUAAAGCAUCGUACGAAGGUGGACGGUGGGGUUUCAAUGCCCUGGCCGAUGCCAUGAACCCGUUGGAUCUCAUCAAGGCUGUUGGCCGCAGCAUCCGAUGGCUGGCUGUGGGCCGCAAGAACCGCAUGCAGGACUCCAGCUACCAGCCUCACAACGAGACCAUCGGCUUGGAGGCCCCCGAGUCUGGAAUCAUCAACAACGGCACAGCUUAUGGCGGUGCCGGCACCGCCAUGUCUGGGGGUCGGACCGGCCGAUAUGCCGGAGAUGAAGAGGGCGAGGUCCUACUUGCCCACGCCCAGUCGAACCCGUCAACCUCGCAUGUCGAUGCCUCCCCGUGGGAAGACGACGUUGACGACUAUUCACAAGGCCACGGGCAGUCUGGUCGUUUCUAUGGACAUAACAACUCAUCACCCUACGAUGACAUCGAGCACCAAAAUACCGCCUAUAACCCCCUUGACCAAGGGUCCCAGCCAUACUCGGCCACCGGCCCCCUUAGGGAACAGGUUCCAAUGCCAAUGCCUGAUCUCUAUCAACCCCCGCCACCAUAUCCCGAGAGUUAUCACCGUUCAUAA